AUGUCACCUCACGCUGUCUCCGUCGUCAUCUCCCCUCCCACUGUCGAGUUGGACUCCUACGAACCCUUCGAUGGGCAAUACAUUCGCACCGUGGACGAGAUCCUCUCGGACGAACCUAGCUUCGACGCCUCAUUCGACGCAUACAAUAGUGGCAUCUCCAUGGACGGGGCGAAUGACUCUCCACAGCGAGAGCGUGGGACUAGUCGAGCCUCCGUCGGCAAAAGAACUGGUCACAAGAAGUCGCCUUACUUCUCGACGGGCCAGAUGUCUCAGCGGCGCAUCGGAUCGAAGAGGAGUAUUACCAGAAUUGAUGUCGACGACGAAGACGACGACGAAGACGACGACGAGGACGAAGGCGAGGAUGAGGAUGAGGACGACCUCACCCCUGCUACGUCUGUCGAAUCCGUGAAAAUCCAGGUGGCCGAUAACAACAUCGAGGACGAGCACCAUAGUAAUAAAACAUAUGCUAAAGCCAACGGGAACCCUGUCGACGAUGACAUCGCUGAGGAAGAUAUUGUUUUCGCUUCAGUUGAACCAGAAGCGCAGGCUCGCUUGCUGGAUUUCAUUGCAUCGCAUUCAUUUAUGCGUAGUGGUUCAUAUCCUGUCAGGCGGUCCAAAAGGCGGACCUUUGUGUGCGAAUUCUAUGAACAAGCGAAAUCGACUGGAAUGGACGAGCACUCGAUCGACAGGUUGACAAACUACGUGAGGAAGACAUAUCUCGAACUAUAUGGAAAAGACUAUGUCGAUACCCAAGGCUCAGAAUUUGGUGACGAGAUUGAUGACGUGGGGGGCAAGAGAAGAAGGUCCUCGAACGUCUCCAAAAUGGAUCGGAAAAGGAAGCGGUCGAAUGGCGACGCGGCUAAACAGAAACCGAAGAAGAGCAGAUCGCAAUCUUCGCAGUCUUCGCAGGAGAAGCGUACUACCUCAAUGGCUGACUCGCACAACGAUUCCAAGCGUGAGGUAAUCGAUCUUGAGGCCGAGUAUCCUCUUGAGGACUUCUUUGCUAGUGCCACUGAGCCCGAGGGUUUGGAGAGCAUAUCGCCUGCGGAAGAGUUACCCAAGAGACGCCCAAGCAUCAGCAAGCAGUCCGGUCGUUCGUCGAAAGACGACAGAUCGAACGGUCUCUCUUUUAUCACGCCAGAGAAACGCAACAACAGAGCAAGCGCCUCUAUUUCUUCUAAGCACUCUCUGCGCUCACCUGCUAAUUCCAAAGAUGAACCCAUUUGUCUGGAAAGUGACUCUGAUGGACUCAAAAAAUCGGCUACAGCUGUCCCAGACGCACAUUCAGCGAAUCCUAUUCCUUCGGAUAAGCCGAAAACGCGCGAGGAGAGCACCGCCAGGGCCAGGAAAGAGAAGAAUCACAGAAAGCGCCGGAGCCGCAGGAAGAGAAGAACCGAGAAAUAUCGGGAGAGCCUGAAGGACUCGGAGAUUCAAGACCUUGCAGCUGAAGAUCGUCACAUUGAAGAGGAUGCUACGACCAAGAAGUUCGGCCGGAAGGACAGUGGUGAUAUCAGAUUUGAGAAGGACCAAGUGGAUGGUUUGGCGUCGAGUGUUCGCAGCCAGAUACCCACUACCUAUUUUGCUAAUUAUGUUCGAGAUUACAAGCCUAUUCCUGAGAAAGCUCGGCAGAUAUUGACCGAGUUUGGCCUACCAUUUGACUUUCUGGACUCUGACUCGGAGUCGGACCUGAGUGAUGUGCAGUGUGACGAUGGCAUCUUGGAUCAUGAUGCUUCUUUGCGUGACGUGAUACAACCGCCCGUCCUAGGCGAGACCUUUGUUAGACCUGCGGAAGGGGUUCCUAGGACUCCACUGAAAAGCGCAUUGACUGUGGACCCGGACGUUCCGUUCGUUAUGACACUUCGCCCUAGGCCUCCUAAAGUGUCUCCUUACUUCCCGAAGCCGCUCACGGAUCCCGACUCCUGUCUGCCUUUCCCUUCGAUCGACGCACCCACAUUCGGUUUGGUGCAAGAGCAGCUCGCACAUGAUCCAUUUCGUCUGCUUAUCGCUACGAUCUUUCUAAAUCGGACUCGCGGAGGCGUUGCUUUGCCAGUUCUCUUCCGAGUUUUUGACCAUUUCCCGACAGCCCAGGACAUGAGUACAGCCGAAUUUUCGAAGUUGGUCUCUAUGAUCCAUUCUUUGGGAUUUCAAAACGAGCGAGCGAGAAAAUGCAUCGAUCUUGCUAAGACAUGGCUGGAUCGUCCGCCGACGAAGGGCAGACGAUACCGCAGACUGCACUACCCACGCAAGAUGGAUGGAAAAGACGUCGGCCGCGAGGAAUGCAUCGGCGACGACGAGGACGACACACGUGUAGCAUGGGAGAUCGCACAUCUGCCUGGUGUGGGCCCGUACUCCUUGGAUAGCUGGCGCAUCUUCUGCCGAGAUGAGCUGCGGGGACUAGCGAAGGACUGGAAAGGCAAUGGCGCGGCAUCAGCAAAUUUUGAACCGGAAUGGAAAUCGGUCUUACCACAGGACAAGGAGCUCCGGGCAUAUUUGACGUGGAUGUGGCUCAAGGAAGGCUGGAUCUGGGAUCGGCACACGGGCGAGCGCAAACGAGCCAGCGAGAAGAUGAUGCGUGCUGCACGCCGUGGAGGCGUGGCUCAGGAACAGGAUGGCCAUUUUGUGUUGGAGAUGUCGCCUGUUAAGAAGGUCGCGAAUGGUCUGACAGCAUGGAGUUGA